CUGUGCUCUCUCCGACACAGUCGUCAGUCAGUCUGUGGCUAUUCCACUCUGUAGGAUGAAGAGGCAGGAUGGGGCCCAGCUCGGCGCAGGCUGUUGCACCCAGCAACCAGAAGAGACUUUGCAACGGUCAAAGAAGAUCCAAGUCCUCAAUGUCCCUGCGAUCCUUCCCGAACAGCGGACAUUGGACAAGCUGAUCAUUCAUUUCCAGGCACGCAACAAUGGAGGAGGCGAGGUGUCGGAUAUGGAAUACCCAACCACAGUUGCUGGCCGUGCCUUCAUCACCUUUGCCAAAGAGGAAGAUGCGGAUAAUGUCCUUAAACGGGAACAAAUUCUGAAAUUAGACCAGCAAGACUAUAAACUGGAUGUACGCGAGGUUGGAGGAGGGGAGACUGAACAGGUCAUAGAGUUUGUCAGCACUAAACUGGACACAAGAGAUUUCCCCUCAAAGAUGGCUCGUCAGUUAAUUCACGAACACCGCUUUCAAAUUGUCAGUGACCAGGGAUCUACGGUUGAGAUCCGAGGGUCUUUCUCCUCGUUAAAGGAACUUCGGAGAAACCUCAUGGACGUGAUUAUGCCUCAGUCGACCAGGGAAUAGAACAUAGAAGAGUACAGCAUGAGAACAGGCCCUUCGCCCACAAUGUCUGUGCCGACAUCGACGGUUCAAUGGUUCUUUAUCCCACUUCGUAGUUCAGUUCAGUUUAGUUUAUUGUCACGUGUAACCGAUCUUAUUUUGCACGCAGAACAGUGGGGUUAUUGUCAUACAUGUACAAUUGCCAGCCGGUUAAGUACAGUGAUAUAUAGAAAACUGCCCACUGAGGGCCAUAUGCCAAGAGUCGCCUGGUUUUAGAGCCUUUUACCAUCCCACACUGAUUUUGUAAAAUAAAUUACCCUUCCUCCCGAUAUCUUUAAGAAAGAACUGCAGAUGCUGGAAAAAUAUCGAAGGUAGGCAAAAAUGAGGCAGCAUCUAUGGAGUGAAGGAAAUAGGUGACGUUUCGGGGCGAGACCCUACUUCAGACUGAU